AUUAAAACCAUUGGCUUGACUGCAAGACGUCCCAGAGGAUUCCGUCAAUGCACCAAAACAAAAUACCUUGCAGGGGAGUUUAACGCCAAAACACAUCCACUACCGUCUCACAGCCGUUUGUUUGUACAGCGGAGAGACGUAUCGGGGUGCCAAGUCUGCUGCCGCGUCGUUCCAGCGGGCUCACGAGCGCACCCAUCUUUACAAGCACUGCUGUCGCACGCAGUCAGGAGAGAUUUAUGAAGCUUUCAAGGCCUUUUGAUUGAUCGGCCGCUCGAUGGGGAUUCACAGAGGAGCUUUCACCUGUGCAGCCUGCCCUCCGCCCCGCCACCUCUCCUCCCGCUACAGCACUUCUUCCAUACAAAUCAUGAAACUGGUAUUAACUGAAUGGCAAUCUAUAUGGAUUUUUACUAAUUCCAGUAGACAAUAAAUACCCACUCCACCCUGCCCCCCCUCACACACACACUCACUCACUCACACACACACACACACACACACACACACAAACACAAACACACACUCAUACCCAUACAUACACACACACAUAUAUAUCUCACAUACACAUGCAUAUGCAUGCUAAAGCUUAAAGGGAGUGACCUCAUGACAAAGCCAUAUCCAGGCGAACGCCACAAUACCAAAUAACCCCUCAACGCUGGUGGAGCAUUCUUGAAAAAAGAAGCAAACAAACAAAAACAAAACAGGUCAAAGCACACGAGGAAUGUAUCUUUGAGAGUUUUUCCCUCCUUUUUAUUUUCACUCAUCGUUGGAUUCCCUUGGUAACGCAGUGAAGAAGACGCUAUUGACGAUUGGAUGACACAGGGAGGUUUUGUUCUCGAGGAAAACCAUUGUUUGUAAGUUUUCUUAGUUUUACUUUUUUCCGAAACAAACAAACAAAAACAAAACACUUUUUCAUCUUCGGUUGUCUGCUGAAGAGGCCUGACGGUGCACCCUUGGCUUGGCCGUGUGCAUGCCGGCGACCAUGGCGCCACAGAACACUGACGCCGACGCAAUGCAAGUGCAGGGCGUGGUGGUGGUCCCCACCAAAACCAGCGGGGGACUGGAGAACGGCAAAGGUGGAAAUGGUAGCAAAGGAGGAGGUGGAGGAACUGGAGGACGAUCUGGAGGAGGAGGUGGCAAGGACAUGGAGGGCCAAGAGGAGUCGCCGAGCGAGGGCUCUAUAGACCGCAUUCCGCUUCGGAAGUGGAUCAUGCACGGGGCGGUCAUGUUCGGACGAGAGUUCUGCUAUGCCAUGGAAACGGCACUAGUCACGCCCGUCCUGUUGCAAAUAGGUCUUCCAGAACAAUACUACAGCCUGACAUGGUUCCUGAGUCCAGUCCUGGGUCUGAUCUUCACGCCGCUGAUUGGCUCGGCCAGCGACCGCUGCACACUACGCUGGGGCCGCCGUCGCCCCUUCAUCUUGGCGCUGUGCGUGGGCGUGCUCUUGGGUGUGGCGCUCUUCCUCAACGGCUCGCUCAUAGGUCUCGCCAUAGGCGACGUGCCGAACGAACAGCCCAUCGGGAUCGUGCUGACCGUGCUGGGGGUGGUGGUGCUGGACUUCUGCGCCGACGCCACGGAAGGUCCUAUACGAGCCUACCUGCUGGACGUGGCGGACACGGAGGAGCAGGACAUGGCCCUCAACAUACACGCCUUCUCCUCAGGUCUUGGCGGAGCUGUGGGUUACGCGCUGGGCGGCCUGGACUGGACUCACACCUUCCUGGGCCAAAUCUUCAAAUCCCAGGAGCAGAUCUUGUUCGUGUUUGCGGCGGUGCUCUUCACCGGGUCUGUGGCGCUGCACCUGUGCAGCAUUGAGGAGCUGCGGUACAGCCCGCAGCAAGGACCGCCUGGACGAGGAGGGCGACACGCUCUCCUCCGUCAAGCUCAACGGCAGCCUGGCUCAGCACGGCCAGCCCCACCUGCAGCUGCUGGAGGACGAGGAGGACGCCAACCUGUCGACGAGGAGGACGAGCGCGACGAGCUGGACAUGGAGUUCCUGGACGUGGAGAUGGUGCGGUGCAAGAGCGACUCGGUGCUGGCCAUGGCCGACGCCACGCUGGACCACAUGGACCACGACGCGUCCUUCCUGCGCCAGAUCGAGCCAUCCAUCUUCCACGACCGGCUGUCGUCGUACCACGGCUCGCCACCGCGGCGCAGCAGCAGCGCCGGCAGCCAGGACUUCCUGCGCGGGGGGAGCGGUGCCGGCGGUGGUGGAGGAGGGGGGGGUACGGCCCGUUUCAGCCGCCUGUCGGCGUUCCUCCAGGAGCUCGAGCGCGAGGGCGGCGAGGAGGAGCUGCUCAACAACCAGCUGGACGAGUCGUCCAAAUCGCCCAACGGCCACGCACCCCUCAACGGCAUCGGCGCCAACGGGCGUCCGCGCUCCGGCCCUGGCACGAAAGCGUCGAGCGCCAACGCCUCCAUACGCCGGCGCCGUCACACCUUCUACCGCCAGCCGUCCUGCACCUUCUCCUACUACGGGCGCGUGGGCUCGCACCGCUACCGCUACCGACGGGCCAACGCCGCCUUCCUCAUCAAGCCAUCGCGCAGCAUGAACGACAUCUACGAGAUGCAGAAGCGGCAAAAACGACCGGGCGGCGGCGCUGGCACCGUGGAGCGGCAGCGCGCGCGCCACCAGAGCGGCAACACCAACACCAGCGGCGACACGGAGAGCGAGGAGGGAGAGACGGAGACCACCGUGCGGCUGCUGUGGCUGUCCAUGCUGAAGAUGCCACGCGAGCUGAUGCGACUCUGCAUCUGCCACCUGCUCACCUGGUUCUCCAUCAUCGCCGAGGCCGUGUUCUACACCGACUUCAUGGGCCAAGUCAUCUACGAGGGAGACCCCACGGCUGCUGCCAACUCUACAGCUCUGCUUAACUAUCAUAAAGGAGUUCAGAUGGGCUGCUGGGGUCUGGUGAUCUAUGCUGCCACAGCUGCCCUCUGCUCAGCUUUACUCCAGAAGUACCUGGACAACUUUGACCUCAGCAUCAAGGUCAUCUACAUCCUGGGUACUCUGGGCUUCUCCAUUGGCACGGCCGUCAUGUCCAUCUUCCCCAACGUCUACGUCGCCAUGGUGAUGAUAAGCAGCAUGGGUGUCAUCUCCAUGAGCAUCUCCUACUGCCCGUAUGCCCUGCUAGGCCAGUACCACGAAAUCAAAGAGUACAUCCACCACAGUCCAGGCAACUCCAAGCGUGGCUUUGGCAUCGACUGCGCCAUCCUGUCGUGCCAGGUGUACAUCUCGCAGAUUCUGGUGGCCUCGGCGCUGGGCGCGACCGUGGAAGCGGUGGGCAGCGUGCGGGUCAUCCCCAUGGUGGCGUCCGGCGGAUCCUUCCUGGGCUUCCUCACCGCGUGCUUCCUGGUCAUCUACCCGCAGGACGGCGACACGCACGGCAGCAAGGGCGAGCAGACCAAAGCGCUGACCUCCGCCUCAGCGACCUCGUCCCUGGAAGGUCACCAGGUCGUGGAGAAGCCCAGUGUUCUUAAGCUGACGCGCAAGGGUGCCACCACCACCACAUGCAAAGUGGAGUGCGAGUCCACCCUGUGACUGCAUACAAGAUAAGAGAAAUCACAGGAAAACAGACUAGCAACCGGAAACUAAACGCAACUUAAUGCAACGCAAUGCAACACAACACUCCUUAGGCAUUGUGAUGAGCAACACAGACAUGCACACAAACCUAUAAGGCGUAUCCAAUGAGGCGAAAACAUUCCCAUCAGUGCUCAACGCCCUCCUAUCUCAUUUUCUUGCAUGCGUCCAGGAGAGCGAGAGUGAGAGAGAAGAAGAUCGGAGGAGGAGGAGGAGGAAGAGAACUUGAAACAAGACACAAAUUUUUUUUUUGCGAUUUCUUCGUGUCGUCCUCAGUGUAUUUUUGUUUUGUUUUUUGUGUGUGCGUGUUUUUUUUUCUAGCUUGCGGGCCUGGCCUGGCCUGGCCGGUCUCAGGGCUGUGGUGUGGAGCGGGCACUCGCCCGUCUCUCCCUCUCAGGGCCACCAGGGGGCGUCUCUGGACUGGACACAUCAGGGGACAUGGGGAAGUGUAUUCAGGACGGUGUGGAGGGACUCUGUGAAAGACCCAUACCUUUCUGACUUACUUUUACCCCAAUGUAAAGAUGAAGGAAACUUUAAACAAAACAAAAAAUGUCUCUGGAGAUAUUUACUUUGAAUAUACAUAUAUAGAUAUAUAUACAAAAACACACAAACAUAUAUAUUUUCCCUUAAGUUAUUAUAUUUAGCAUUUUCUUUUCUUGUUUGACCUAAUGUCUCAGACUGGAGACUUUGCAGUUACCAAAAGUUGCCCAGUAUGACGACGAAAAUGUUUUACAUUUUGGACUUAAGACUUGUAGACUUCACAUGGCUUUAUUUGAAAACACGAGAAAGCUGGUGUGUUGAGGUGCAUGUUUAGUCAGGAGAAUGCUCUAAAAUUUGGACGCAGAGUUAAGGAUCAUUCCCCGAGUUGGUCGUUGAAGUGCUCAAUUUGAACUUGUAGAAUUGCAUUGUGACACUUACCUGUGUGGGUUACCUUGGACUUUCUGGCACUGUCUCUACGUGUCAAUCUGGUCUUUGUUUUAGCCAGAUGUUAGCCCACACACCAUCCCCGACAUUCAACCUUUCUGCGCGAAUCCUGACGUUGCCACCUCAAGGGCAUUAGAUCUCACAGUGGUCGAAACACUUUUUAGAAUCCAUAUAACAAAAAAAAUCUCAAUGCUGCAUCAGAGUACUAGAGUAAUAGCCUAUACCAAAUGGAGGAGAAGGAACAGGAAUGAGAAGUGGAGCCCUUCUCGAAAAAGGACAUUUAGUUUUUUGUUUCACGGCUUCCUUCGUUCUCGUUUCUUUCAUUUUUCGUAGUUGGCUGUUGUCUCUCGACACAAGGUCAGUGCUCUAGCUGGAUGUUACUUCAGAGAUGUUUAUAUCCGGGUGUGCCUACGCUUGGAGGUGACUGGGGGGGGGGGGGCGGGGGGAGGGAGGGAGAGGCUGAUGGUGCCUGUUGCUGGCAGCACUUUUGUGGCAGAACUUGAACUGUGCAGGAAUUAGCAUUAAGAAAAAUGUAGCCGUUUGUGUUUUUUUUAAUCUGUAUCCUUUUUCUUGUCCCUUAUCUGUCCUCCAGACACAUCUCCUCUCUCGUUUGUUUCUGACGAAUGAAAAACAAAAAGUAUUGAGUCCGGAGUUACGUCCUCUCACUAGUCUGUUUACAUUUGCACCUAGUUGCUGCACGAGUAAUAACUACUCUAAUCAAAGCAUUGUUUUCUCACCCCUGGGUGACAUUUGUAUUUUAUUUUUUUUUCCGAAAAUCCCCUCCACGAACUCAUACAUCUCUUCCACACAAGUCUUCUCCUUGAUUCAAUCUCUGUUUCACACUUGCAUUUGCACAGCUCAAGACAGGGACAAGGACUAUGGUAAAGACCCAUAGCUGUGGCCUAAUAGUUCUCUGUAGUGAGAAAUCGUUGUAUGUUUGGUUGUUUGGGGGAAUAUCGUUCUGUGCCCUAAAAGAGCCUAGAACUUUUUUUCUUCAAAGGUCACAGGGCAGACUAGGGCCCUUUUAGUUCUAAUUCCUUUCCUUUUUAUCUCAACGCUAUCAGUCGAGGUCUAAUGUUACCACAGGUAUAUAUUUUUUUCUACAAAAUGGUUUCCAUUUUAUGUUCCUCAUGAGGGCAAUACUUCUGUUCCAUAGAAGUAGAUUUAUUCAAGGCUAACCUCCAUGGAGGCGAAAGGCAGACAUACGCCGAAGUACAUUUUCAGAAUGUCUCAGAGAAGCCAAACUUCAAGCAACCGACAACACACACACACACACACAGACAAACACACACAAAAAAUUCCUUUCUGACAAAUCAGGCAAAUAAUCAGUUGCAAUAAUGCUAUCUGCCUCAGUAAUGGUGAUUUGUUUUAUGACACUGGGGUGAAAAAAUUGUCAUGCAUGAAUGGUUGUUGGUAUAUUCUAGUUCUAUAUUCAAGUUUUUUUUGAGAACAGCUGUCUUUCUUUAAAUACUUGAAGUGCAAACUGAGUGUUUCUGAGACGCAGUGGAGUGUGUGUUCAGCUCCAAACCUCUCGCUGCAGAUGGCAGAAUGUUGACAUGGAGUGAUUUUGAGUUGGGCCUUGCUUGGGGGGGGGGGGGGGGGGAGUAGGUCUUUUGAUUCCAUCAGGUGACAAUGUCAAGUACUGAAUGUAAUAUUUGUUUGUUUUUCUUUGUGUUACGAGCAGAAGAUCUGACAUUGCACAGAACUUGCACAUACAGAGUUUUAGAAAAUCAUCUUGCAAAAGAAAAAAAGAACUGAACUGUGGAUAUUUAUUUUUUGACCUCUUGUUAAAUGGACACUUCAACGUUUAAUUUAAAAUAUAUAUAUAUAUAUAUAUAUAUAUAUAUUUACAGAGAGAUAUAUUUACAGUAGAAUUAAUGCAAGGGAUGUGGAUUGAUGAUGACUGGAAUACAAUUCUGAGUGAGUGUGUGUGUGUGUGUGUGUGUCAGUAACUGUGUGAUCAUCACACAGUGCUUGUGUGUUUGUGUGUGUGUGUGUGAGCGCAGGCGAUAAAAAUCACACCUCAAUUUUCCCUUUUCCCACAUCUCUAUAGUCUGUCUGGUUUACAAAUCACAUUUUAGAUCCCACUGCGGAAAAUUCAUUUCUUUAACAGACUCGUAUUAAAAGUUUGCUUUUUUUUCCAGUUCUUUUAUUAAUCAUAGGAAAAUUGAACUGUCUCACGUUUUCACUGACAAAUUAUGUUACGCAUUUUUGAGUCUUAGACAAAAAUGGGAGUCGCAAGUUUUCUCUUGAGGAAAUGACAUGGAUGUUACUUCAAAAAAUAUAUAUAUAUAUGAAUGGGGAAAUACAGAUAUUUGCAGUGUACUAUAUGCCUUGUUAUUUUAAGUUGUAAAUAUCCAUUUAAAUAGUUUCUUUUGCUGCUAUUAAAAAGCUGAUUAUUUUAUAUUAGGAUUUUUUUUCUAUAAGACAUGUAUAUAAAGUCUGUACAUUGCUUGAGCCUUCUAAUAUAGAAACAUUGAAAAACACUGUAUUGAAUGCACCUUUAAAGAAUCUUAACCAAA